AUUCUUUUGAAGCUUGACCAAGAAUGUUCCAAUGUUUGUUUGCACUAUGGCAUAUCCUACUGUGCCUUGCCCUCUACACGUGUUUGAGCCAAGAUACCGACUAAUGAUUCGCAGAAGUAUGGAAACUGGGACUAAACAGUUUGGGAUGUGUAUAAGUGAUUCUCAAAAUGGUUUUGCAGAUUAUGGUUGCAUGCUGCAAAUUAGGAAUGUUCAUUUUCUGCCUGAUGGACGAUCUGUUGUUGAUACAGUUGGUGGAAAGAGAUUUCGAGUUUUACGGAGAGGGAUGAAAGAUGGUUAUUGCACUGCAGACAUCGAGUAUUUGGAAGAUAUUAAGGUUGCUGAUGAAGAAGAGCUGAAGAAACUGAGAGAGCUUCACAACUUUGUUUACAGUCAGGCUUGCAGUUGGUUCCAAAACUUAAGAAACAAAUUCCGCACUCAAAUUCUUCAGCACUUUGGGCCAAUGCCUGACAGGGAGGAAAAUAUACAGGCAAUGCCCAAUGGUCCUGCUUGGUGUUGGUGGCUUCUAGCUGUUCUCCCAGUAGACCCCAGAUAUCAGCUGUCAGUUCUCUCUAUGAUGUCUUUAAAAGAUCGUCUGAUAAAAAUCCAACAUAUACUUACAUAUUUUUCUAGGGACCAGUCCAAGUGACUAACCGCCUGGGUCUUCCUAAAAAGUAAAUCUAUUCUGGUUGUAGUAGCAGCUGGAAUUUUUGCUGCCUUUGCACAUCUAGCACUGGUUUGAGAAGUGUAAUGGAACUGCUUUUUCUCUCUCCUUCCCGCCUGCCCAGCUUCUUGAACCGUAUGGUUCUUUGAAUGCACACUUUCUUAACUAUGAGAGAAGACCACUGAUGAUUGCACAAAGUCAAUCCAGCUAGAUAUGUUUUUCACAUGAUCUGUUUUACAAUUUGCACUAUGUAGAAGAGAACGUUUUUGAGACUUGAUAAUUUUAGCCACUGACUUUUUAAAGCUGUGGGAAUUGCAGGACUUAAGGCUGACAGUCUGAGUUUACAACAUAGAACAGGUAUUAAAGGUUUUGCAAAUAAGUAAGUUUGCCUCAUACAACUGUUCUUUUGCUGUUUGCACAAAUAUUUGAAAUAUAGUGUUGAAUAUCACUGUUGAAUAUUACUUUUCCUGUUGAAUUAUCUUGACCAUGAAUAUGGCACAGAUUUUUAAGUUAUCUUGUAAAUGUAUGCAUCACAAAACAGUGACAUUAUGAACUGUAUGCUGAACUGACAGCCAAUUUUAAGGAUCAAAUGACAAAAAAAAAAAGGUACUUCUGUCUAAAAAUAAUUAAACUGUGAAUAUGGUUUACAUACCUAAGCCUGUACAUGUUAAAGAGGAAACUGAAAACUAAACUCUAGUACCAGUUACAUUUCUACUGGGCUUUUCAGGCUGGCUGUUCUUCCAGAGCACACACUUAGUUUAUAGAGCUUUUAAGAAGAAUUCUUAGAGUGUGCGUGUGUAUUUGGGAUUGUGCAUCCAGGAUUUAAAAGCUUAAAGUUUUAUUUGAACUCUUUAAGUUGGUGCAAAUGUGAGUUCUAUGCCUUAUAUCAAUAGUAGAGCACACUGCAGUGGCAAGGUAAGCAUCAUGCUGCCAUUAAGUACUUUUUGUAAUUAACGGUUUGCAUAUUUGUGAAUAUGUCUGAUACUGGCUUUCUUGUAUGUAAAUGAUUUGUAAAAUAUUUCUUAAAUCUUGCUUUUGCUAAUAUAUUUAAUUUUCAAUAAAAGCUAAAAGUUUGUAAUA